CGCCUCUGGCUCGGCUGUUGGGAGCGCAGCGCUCGGCCGGGCGGCAGCGGGAGACGCGAGCAGGGAGGCGCCCUCGGCCCGCCGCGGAUCGGAUGCUGCAGCGCCCCGCCGCCCCCGGAGAGCCCCUCGCCGCCCCCGCAGGGCUCGGCCGCAGCCGCCCGCCCGGCAUGGACCUCGGCGCCACUUUGCGCCCGGCCGGGGCCCGCUGAAGAAGGAGCCGCCGGCUGGAGCGCCUCGCCCCGCCCCGACUCGCCUCGUCCGGAGAUGCCGCGCUGAUCGCCGCGGAGGAGCGCCGACUUGCCCGGCUCUUGGCUCCCGCCGCGCCGCCCUUCGCAGCUCCGCCGCCUCCCGCUCGCUGCUGGAUGGGGCCCCCCCUUGGCCGCUGAAGCCGCUGAAGCCGCGCCUCGCCUCGCCUCCGCCCGCCGCCCCUCGCGUCCCCCCGACCCGCCGCGGCGCCCGUCCAGGGAGCCUCUCCGAUGGCGCGGCGGGCGCAGCAGCAGGGCUGGCUCGGGGGCUGGUGGACCGUGGCGCUCGGCUUGGCGGCGCUCGCCUCCUGCCCAGGCCUGUGGGCUCAGACGGUGCUCGUCAAUGAUACAGUCUCAGGGUUCAUCGGGACCGAUGUGAUCCUGCACUGCAGCUUCACCAACCCCUACCCCAAUGUGAAGAUUACGCAAGUCACGUGGCAGAAGGCCACCAACGGCUCCAAGCAGAAUGUGGCCAUCUUCAACCCCAACAUGGGCGUCUCCAUCCUGGCCCCGUACAAGGAGCGGGUGCUGUUCCAGAGCCCGUCCACCAAGGAUGGGACCAUCCGGCUGCUGGGCCUCGAGCUCGAUGAUGAAGGGGUCUACAUCUGCGAGUUUGCAACUUUCCCCAGCGGCAACCGGGAGAAUCAGCUCAACCUCACUGUGUUGGCCAAGCCUACCAACCGGAUGGAGGGCACCACGAGCCCCCUUAUCGCCAGGGCUGGCAUGACGGAGAAGAUCUUGGUGGCCACUUGCACGUCCUCUAAUGGGAAGCCCCCCAGCACUGUGACUUGGGAGACUAAGCUGAAAGGCGAGGCCGAGUUCCAGGAGAUCCGAAACAACAACGGCACCAUCACGGUGAUCAGCCGGUACCGCCUGCUGCCAAGCCGGGAGGCCCAUCGGCAGCCGCUGACGUGUGUGGUCAACUACCAGCUGGACCGGUUCACAGAGAGCAUGACCCUCAAUGUACAGUAUGAGCCCGAAGUAAAGAUUGAUGGCUUUGAUGGCAACUGGUACCUCAACCGGAAGGAUGUCAAGCUGACGUGCAUCUCGGAUGCCAACCCUCCAGCCACCCAGUACCAGUGGAGGCUAUUGAACGGAUCGCUCCCUGAAAAUGUGGAGGUCCAAAACAGCACGCUGUUCUUCAAAGGGCCCGUCACCUACAGCCUGGCAGGAACGUACGUCUGCGAGGCCACCAACACAAUAGGCACACGCUCUGGCCAGGUGGAAGUCAAUGUCACAGAAUUCCCCUACACCCCGUCUCCACCUGGCACAUCUGUGGCGCAGUCGAACAUCCCCACAGCCGUGAUUGGGGGCGUGGUGGGCGGAGUCUCGUUGGUCGUGGUGGUUGCCGUGGUGGUCUUUGUAGUGCUCCGGCACCGGCGUCACACCUUCAAGGGCGACUACAGCACCAAGAAGCACGUCUAUGGCAACGGGUACAGCAAAGCAGGCAUCCCUCAGCAUCACCCACCCAUGGCUCAGAACCUUCAGUAUCCCGACGACUCGGACGACGAGAAGAAGGGUGGCCCACUUGGGGGCCACAGCUACGAGGAGGAGGAGGAGGACGGCGCCGGCGGCGAUCGGAAGCUGGUGGUCGGCCCCAGCAAGUACGACGAUGACUCCAAGCGGCCUUACUUCACGGUGGAUGAGGGUGAGGCCCACCCCGAGGCCUAUGAUGAAAGGACACUUGGUUUCCAGUACGACCCUGAGCAACUGGACAUAGCCGAGAAUAUGGUCUCUCAGAAUGACGGAUCUUUUAUUUCCAAAAAAGAGUGGUAUGUGUAGCUUGUUUCCACCCCCCGUCCUGUUUUUUUGCCCCCCUCUCACCUGCCGCGUGUUGCCUCCAAGUUGCAGGGCUGCCACAUGUGGCCCCCACAUGUUUUCACACACACAAACAAGCCCAUGCACGCACACCGACACGCGCACCAGCCCGAUGGGGGGCAGCGUGACAGAGACGCUUUUAAAAGAACUGCCGCUGGUUCCGGGGCAACCAGAAACAGGCAAGGUGAGGGGGGGCUGGUCGCUUGACUUACUGUUUUUUUUGUGGGGAGGGGGAAGGGUGGGGAAGGGUUCCUUUUUUCCCCUCUUAAGUUCUUCUACGGAUUUUUGUCCCCUAAAGUGUUGUUUGUAAUGAUCAGUGGCUUUGGUGUUAAUACUCUUUGCUUUAAUGACUACUGCCCUCCUUGUAUAGAAGACCACCGCCCCCCCCAACCUUCUGUUUGUGUCUUAAGGUGUCUCUGUGUCGACCUUUGGGUUUCCCCUCCCCUUGCCCCCCCCCAAACACUGGAUUUUGUAUGUUGUCUUAAAGUCGUGCAGGAUGGGGGGAGCCAAAGGUAUACCAAUGAACUUUGGAGACAGAAAGCACAAAGGCACGGAGGGAGAGAAAUGGACUGGCCACUCUCAGCUGUGCUCUGUAUCUGUAUCUAUAGCAUCCUUUGAGUAUCUCUUGCUAUUUCCCACAAUGCACCUGUGGGAAGGGGAGGAAAUGUCCCCUUGCCUUUUUUAAAAAAAAGAAAAUCAAAAAGCAUCACAAGGACUUCCUUUUCAGAGGAACAGUGCAUGACACCCCAGGGAGGGCACACGUAGCAAUUUUCUUCCUGUGGUUCUAUGGAGGUUUUUUUUUAAGUAAAGUAUUUUAAAAUGGGAGUGGGACAGGUCCACUAUGACGAGCAUGCCGGCUGAUGGUGCUCUUGGUAUGUUUUGGAUCCCUUUGCGCUCCUUCAGUGUUUGCUUUCCCUGUUUCUAGAGAAACAAGCAAGGGCACCUUUCUCCCUUGGAGAGCCAGACAUGUUCUGGGCCCCAAGAUGUCUGCAGCCAGGGCAGGUUCGGAGCCCGUGGCUCCAUGUGCUAACUCUUGCCCUCCCCUCCAGCUGACUCCAGUUAUCUUUCCACAGAUCUGGCCGAGGCUUGGGCUUGUUCUUUUUGCACAUAUGCAUUCAUUACUUGAAAACUGGAGGGAAGGCAGAGGGGGGGGGGGCUUAGCUCAGCAGUAGAGCGCAAGCUGUUCACACAGAAGGCCCCUGCUCUGGUCCCAAGCAUUGCUGCCUAAAAAGGUCUUGGAGAGGGGAUGGGAAAGACUUCACCUAGCCCCCUGCAGAGCUGCCACCAAGCCCAGCAGAUGGGCUAGAUGCACCAAAGGACUGAAUGGCAGACACCGAUGCACCAUGGUCAUGUCAAAAGCAGUGCUUCGCAAUGGAGUCAGUUCGCUCGUUUGCUGGUGAAGUCAAACGAUGGGCAUGCAUGUGUGAACCAAACCAUAGGUUGCCUAAGAGAAGCGUGAAAGAGGCUUCUCCUCCACCACAUGCUGCUUCCAGAAUCCUCACUGUUCACCUGGGCUUCCCUGACGCAAGCGCCAUCCUGACAACUCCAUGUAGGACCCCCUUCUCUUUUGCACCUCUGGGUGAACUUUGGGGUUCUGCUGUGAAGCCAAAGCAAAUGUCUGUUUUCUUGGGUAGAAGCCUUGCUGGCUCCGCCUCCCCUGUGCCCGGCCUUGCAGACCUUCUUCCAAAAUUCAGUGCACGAUUGUGACUGUCCAGUUUCCUUGGGCAGAUUGACACAGCAGGUUUAAAACACAGUCAAGGAUUUCUUUCUGUCUAGCACGCUCAGUACCCUGGGAAUAAAGAGGCCUGGCCAGCUUCUUACUGCUCUCUACUGCAGUGGCUACCAGUUUGAACCUGGCUAUAAUCUCUGCCAGGAAGUGGGGGGGGGGAUACCUUAAUUUAUUUGGUUGGAGGAGGGGACGGAGUUCAAGGAUCAAACAUAUACUGCGCAUGCUCAAGUUCACAGGUUCAAACCACAGCAUCUCUUGUAAAAAGGAUCUUUGGUAGCAAAGCCCCUGCCCGUAGGCAGUAGCCCUGUUCAUGUGCUCCAAUGAAUGCAACCUGUGUGUACAUGCUUACACCUGUUUGUAAGAAAGAGCCGAUGCACGUUCACUUUACAAAUGAAACCAGGGGUCAGAACCUGGAUAAAUGUGCCGUUUCGCUCCCAUGUUCAUGCGCUAGUUUUAGGUGGGGAGCUGUGACUCUCAAAAGCUUACACUCUGAAAAUCGUGUUAGUCUCUUUCUAAGAUGCCACUGGACUCAAUUCCCAGUGUCCAUGCACUGAAUGUCACAUGAGAAUUACUCAGUGCAUAUAUAUGGGCGCAGUCUAACUUGUGGACAGGGCAAGUAUUGAACUAAAUGGACCAAGGGAUUCUGUAUGAAGCAGCUUCCGACAUUUCAAACUGUAGUUGUGAGAGGGACUGUUAACUCUCUAAGGUCUCUCUGAUGAGAUCUCUCCAAUCUACAAGGAAACACAGAAACUCGGAAGUCUGGGCUGGGCAUAAAUACGGCCACCAGCAAAUCCCCUGAAUUAUUUUGCAUAGCAAUGAAUACGUGAUGCUUGCAGUCACAAGCCCCUUAGGACAGUUCAAGUCACAAUUCUAGUGUGAGCAGCAGAACUGCAAAGUGCAUUUUGAACUGCAAACAUAGGUGCAUCUAGUGCGUGUCGCAUUUUUCAGGACAGCAUAGUGGCAAGGAGUCCCACUUUCUAAAGCACAUCUGGAAGAAAUAGAGAGCUAGAAAGAGGAAUUUUGUAUUCUGGGCACAAUGAAUUCCAGAAUUCGGCAUUAGGGUCACCCAGAUUCCACAAACAUAAUAAUAAACUACCCUUUCAUUUGCAUCAAAAUGCUGCGGUUUGCAUCGUUUUAUUCCGUUUCUGUCAGGGAUGGAUUUGGGGAAGGAUGUGCGUUUUGCAACAAGGGGUGAGAAAAGGAGGAAGGCAUUAAGCACUCUCUGCAAGCAAUCACGAGAGCUGGGAGCUUGGUUUCUGAUGCUGGCAUACCCAGGAUUCCAGCAUUGUGCCAGGUAGCAAAUCUACAUAGGUGUAACGAAUCCAUGGCCGUAGAGAAUGUACAAAGGGGCCUAGGCACUUGGAAAAGCCUACAAGAGAAAAUGGGAAAGGCUUUGAAAAAUGAGCCCCAACGAAAGAAGGCUUCUGUAAAUCACCUAGCAACAUGGGGCGGGGGGGGGGGCGGGGAGUGGCAAAGGAUACAUUCGAGGGAAAAUUGGCAUCUGCUAAACUUCUCUCUGGGGGAGAAUCUAUACUUGACAGCCGUCAACAUUCCCUCUCUCCAAAGAGAGCUCUGUUGUUGUUCUGUGAGAAAGAUGAGAGAGUUCUUUACAAAGAGUCCUCAGUGCUCCAAGCAAGCUACAACUCCCAACAUUCUCCCUGGGUUCUGGGAAUGCCAAUUCAUCUGCUUAACAGUGUAGAGAUGCCUUCUGUGAAAAGCAGUCGGGAAGGGGUGAGGGUCACUCCUGUCCCACAAAGCACAUUGUUUAGCAUUUCAAACCCCAGAAUCAAUGCUGUAUAUAGAUAAAUACACCUAAAAGGAUGCCACAUUGCAGCCUAGAGUUUCCUCCUGUCUUUGUUAAUCCAACAUGGAAACAGCCCUGGCUUCUGCCACCCACCCCUCUUCUGUCUGGCCUCCAGGUUUGUGAUAGAUGUCCGUUCCAGGUAGGAAACAAUAUCAUAAUAGUAAAAGAGUCCAGUAGCAUCUUUAAGACUAACCAACUUUAUUG